AAUGUCACUAAGAGUUUUCAAUAGUUAUUAUUACUUCCAAGUUUUUCGCAAACUUCAUUUGGCAUCUAUGCCUGCUUUCACUUUUUUUCUGCUAAUAAUUUUAUUUACUAUUGAGGGAUUUUAUCUACUGUCGAGAAUUAAUUCUAAGAAAACAAAAGGCGACCCAAGUAUUUAUUAUUUUAUAACAAGAAAUUCAUGGAGGGAAUCUACCCAAUGAUUUAGAGGAAGGUUGCAAUUUCUUUGCAUGGUACGACCGUCGGACCUCGGACAGUUGUUUUAUUCUAAAGUUAUAAAAUUACUGGGUAUAAAAACAAAACAUUAUCUUUUAAGAAGUCACAUGUCAAAGCACCAUAAUGGCAAAUCAAUGGGGGCAAAAGGCAGAGGAAUUAGAAAUAACUAAUAAGGUUGCUGGAUUAGGUUUAAAAAAACCUCAUGAUCAAACAUCUGAUGACACACCAGAUACUGUGAAUCCAGCCGAAACAUCUUUGCUAAUGAAAAUUAUACGACAAGGAUUAGUUGAGUCUAAAUUAGAUAUUGAAGUUCAGAGAAAAGAUCCAAAUUCACCAUUAUACUCAGUAAAGACAUUUGAAGCGCUACAUUUAAAACCAAAUUUACUUAAAGGUGUUUAUGCUAUGGGUUUCAACGCUCCAUCCAAAAUCCAAGAAACAGCAUUACCAACACUCUUGGCAGACCCUCCUCAAAAUAUGAUUGCUCAAUCUCAAUCAGGUACUGGAAAGACAGCAGCAUUUGUUUUAGCAAUGCUGAGUAGAGUUGAUUCUUCAAAGAAUUAUCCACAAGUGUUGUGUCUCAGCCCAACAUAUGAACUUGCAAUCCAAACAGGUGAAGUAGCAGCUAAGAUGGCAAAAUUUUGUCCUGAAAUCAAACUCAAAUAUGCUGUCAGAGGUGAGGAAGUACCUAGGGGUACAAAGAUAACUGAUCAUAUUAUAAUUGGCACACCGGGCAAGAUGCUUGAUUGGGGUGUGAAAUUUGGUAUGUUUGACUUGAGUAAGAUUAAAGUAUUUGUUUUGGAUGAAGCUGAUGUUAUGAUAGAUAGACAAGGACAUCAAGAUCAGUGUAUUCGAAUUCACAAGUGUUUGCCUCAAACAUGCCAGAUGAUGUUCUUUUCUGCUACUUAUGGUAGCGCAGUUAUGGAGUUUGCAGAGAUAAUUGUUCCCAAUCCAAUUAUUAUUCGGCUGCUUCGCGAAGAAGAAUCCUUGGAUAAUAUAAAACAAUAUUAUGUAAAAUGUCAAAGCCCAGAAGAAAAAUAUAGAGCUAUAUGUAAUAUUUAUGGAGUAAUUACAAUUGGUCAAGCUAUUAUUUUUUGUCAUACAAGGAAAACCGCCAGUUGGUUGUCAGAAAAAAUGUCUAAAGAUGGUCAUUCUGUAGCAGUUCUAUCAGGAGAACUUACUGUAGAACAGAGAAUAGCAGUUUUAGACCGAUUUAGAGCAGGGUUGGAAAAAGUUCUUAUCACGACUAAUGUCCUAUCACGAGGCAUAGAUGUAGAGCAAGUAACUUUAGUUGUCAACUUUGAUAUGCCAAUGGACAUGGACAAAAAGGCAGAUUGUGAAACAUAUUUACACAGAAUAGGGCGUACAGGCAGGUUUGGCAAAGCAGGUCUUGCUAUCAAUUUGAUUGAUUCUCCCCAGGCUAUGCAGAUUUGUUCAGAUAUUGAAGCACACUUUGGCAAGAAGAUCAGAUUGCUUGAUAUUGAAGAUGCUGAAGAAAUUGAGAAGAUUGGUGCAUAAUAAAAGUCUUAAAAUAUUAUUAUCAUAAUAUCAGUUGUUUAUUGACCACUGCUGAAUAUUGGUCUCCCCCAGAAGAGGGAUUUUGCCAGUAAUUGCCACACUUAGCAAACAGGCAAAAUAUUGUUACUACUACAAUUAUUACUAUUAUAAAAUUACAUUUGUUUUUUUGUACUUUGCAUUUACCUGAAUUAAAAGUGGGGUUGAUUCUAAGAUAUGAUUUCGUUUAGAGAAAUGGCGUCACUGAAUCGGCCCCAAUAUUUUAAUUGUACUAAGUUUUAUUUUUUAUCAUUUUACUUGUAACUGUAUUGUAUAAAGUAGGCUACACACUUGCAGAUAGGUAGUUCUUGUAUCAUGUUCACGAACAAAAUAUGUUAUACAUUUACUAGCAUUAUAUUGGCAUUCUCAAGCGGAAUAACUAGUGCGUCUUGUAUAAGUUUUAUGUAAUUACUGCUUUAAUGUUGUAUGUUGAAUCUAUUAAAAUUUUUUUGCGUCUCUAGUGGGUGGCAAAAUAAGGAGAUCAUAAAUGAACAAAAAAAUUAUUUUAUUUAUUAAAUAAGCAUUAAUAUUAGGUACAUUACACUAACGUGCUGCUUGACCAGCUGGUUCGGGGUUCGUUGCGCCUGAUAUCAUCACAAAGAUUGCAAUAGGAACUAUGUACAUCCACUAAAAAAAAAAAAAAAAAGAUUAAUUCAGUACAUUCAUUUAUUUAUAUAUUCAUUUAAGACAUUAAACGGCUGAUAUGACGAUUCAUUCUUAGCAUGUCCUUUAUUGACCAAAAUAAAGAGUAAAUCACUGGAAUUCAAGUUUUUUUGCCGGUCUUAAAUGGAUUUCAUUAAGGGUGUUCAUACAUUAACUUACCUAAGUGUGGCACUGUUACAUUUAUCUAUAAAUUUUUUAAACAAUCAUUCUGAUUAUUGUUUCAAAAGUGUUCUGCUAGCGAAUUAAACCGUCAAUUAUAGAAAAUUAUCGCUGCAUAUUUACUACUAAAAGGUUUGCACCUACUUUAUAAUGUGCUUUGGCAUUUUUCAGCUUUUUUUGUUGUCCAAAAUCUUCAGUAACAGCUUAAUAAAAAUAUCACUGCAUCAUUAAUGUUUUAGUUCGCUAGUAGAGAACUUUUAAAGUAAAUAGAAACAUGGAAAAUAGUUAUUGAAAAGUGAUAACUGUGACAUAGUCACACUUCGAUAAACUGAAGAUAUAAACGCUCUUAAGGAGACAUGCUAAGAUUGUUUAUAAUGUCAAAAACUGUUUAUACCAAGUUAUUGUUAUGGAAUUAAAAUAUUAGUUUCAUAGCAAAAUUCUAACAAACUGGAAAUUCUUACAAAUGGGAAAGUCUGUUUGUAACUUAUAACGCUUUAUCCGAUCAUUAUCAAACUUGGUACAUACAAUUUUAUAUUGAGCUUUUUCCAUAAAAAGUAAUCUCAAUAAAAAGUUAUCUUUACAUUUUUUAAUUAUUAAUAUUAUUGUUGUCUCCAUGCCUUGAUUCAAUCAAAUGUUAUGAACUUUGGCAAAUACAUUGUAUUAUAUGGAGAAGUAUAUAGGCUACUUUUUAUAUCAUAUACAGCCCAUCAAUAUAUUAUUGAUCUUGUCACGCAAAUAAAGAUUGCAAUAAUUA